UAGCCAAUGGGAAGGGUAGCGGUCGUACGCUAAUUACCAUGUUUCUCUUUUAUUAGGUAGGAUAAUACAGCUUUAAAAUUUAUAAAACAAAGAAUAUACAGAGAAACAGACAAAUCAGUUCAUAGUAGGGGGUUUUGACUGAUCUCUUUGAGCUCUUGAUAGAGCAACCAGACAAAAUGUGUAAUAAUAUAGUGGAUGUUAAUACCAUGAUAUAUGGUAUAACAGACAACAUACCCUAGGUACAAUGAAUGUGCUUCUUCAAGAAUCCUUAUGAGGCCCCAAAGACAACCUCAGUCAAACAAAAAAACCCCCAAAUAUAUGCAGGUAUGUUCCUUAUUCUUAACUACAACUGAAACAAGGAAAACAUAAAACUCUACCGUCUAAAACUAAAUAACUCUUGGGUCAAAGGAGAAAUUAAAAUAUCAAAUCCAAAUCAACUAAAAACUGCUGAUAUUCAAAAUUCUGUGUAAUAGUACCUUUGGGACAUGGCUAAAGCAGUACUCUGGAAGAUUCAUAAAUUACUAAGCAAGAAAAAAUGAAAAUAGAAUAAUUCAGCCCAAAGAAGUUACCAAAAAAUAAUAAAUGAAAAGCAAACAGAAAGUUUAUCAGCUCUGGCCAUUGUGGCUUGGUUGGGUGUCAUCCCACGCACCAGAAGGUUGCCAGAUUGAUUCCAUGCCCAGGUUUCAGCUUUACCCCUGGUAGGGGGUGUGCAGGAGGCAGCUGAUCGAUAGUUUGCUCAAACAUCGAUGUUUUUCUCUCCCUCCUCCCUUUCUCUCUUUCUAAAAAUCAAUAAGAGAACGUAUUAUCAAAGAUAAAAGUAGCAAUUGAUGAAUUAGAAAACAUACAUGGAGAUACUAAUAACUCCAAGAGAUUUGUAUUCUUUGUGUUUUUAUUUUAGAGGAUACUGGGGAAAAAAACCAAAAAACAUGAAACAGCCUCCUAUUGAACCUGUCAUGAACAAAGGGAGAAAUCACAAAUAUCACAUAUGCAAGUUAAUGAAUACACUGAAUAUGAGAAAAAAUCAUAUAUAUUUAGGAAAUUAAAUGUAAGAGGUCAUAUUGCUAAAAAGUAUGGGAAUAAAUGUGAAAACCUGAUUCACUAUGAAAAAGCAGUACUAAGCCCAGCAGUUCUAAGGAACAUCAUAACUGCAGUGCUUUUUAACUUGCUCAAGAACAUAGAAAAAGAGAAAGAUUUUCUAAAUUAUUUUUUGAAAUAUUUAUUGAUACCAAAUUCUGGCAAAGCACACAAACAGAAAAUUUAGACCUUUCUCCUACUACAGAAAUCUUAAAUAUUAGCAAGUAUAAUUCAACAACACAUUAAGAUAAUAAUACAUAAUGACCAAGUUGCUUUCAUCCCAGGACUGUAAGAAGAGUUCAGUGUCAGAAAAUAAUAAACACCAUAUUUUUUAAAGUAUGAAAGAGAAAAAUGAUCAUCUUUCCCAGAAGCUGAAAAAGAAUUUGGUAACAUUAAUCAUUAUGAGGUUUUUUAAAAAAUAGGACAACUUACUAAAAUAGGAAUUAAUUGAUAACUUUCUUUACAUAAUAGGAAAUCAUGUUAAAAGUCAACAUUAUUACCUUGGCGGUGUGGUUCAGUUGGUUGAGUGUCAUGCAGUACACCGUAAGGUUGCCGGUUCAGUACCCAGUUGGGGCACAUGCUCAGGUUGUGGGCUAGAUCCCUGAUAGGGGGUGUGGGGGAGGCAGCUGAUUAUGUUUUGCUCUUGAUCUUUUUCUCUCUCCCUUCUCUCUCAAAAUCUGUAAUUUUCAUUUGUUCAUUGUUUAACAUGUAUGAGGCACAGUACUUGGUGUGUUGCAUGCUCUAUCAUUUGAUCCUUGGAGCAGCUUGAUGAUAACAUAGCUACUGUUAUUAUCCCUAUUUUACAGAUGAGAAAACUGAGGUUAAAUGACUUGUUCAGGAUAACAAAACAAUCUGCUUCAUCUUGAUUCUGCAGCAUUCCAAAGUGUGGUAUCCUUUGGGUUCUCUUAACAUUGCUAUGGUGCAGAAGAUUUAAAAUCAGCUGAUGUUCACAAGGAAUAGAGUCACGUGAUGUAUGAAGGGAAACAUAUACACUUCUCUGAGGUUGACAAUAAGCCCUUGUGCUCAUAUAGCCCCAAACUGUGCAAGCAGCGGCGACUCAACGGCUACGCUUUCUGUAUCAGACACGUUCUGGAGGACAAGACUGCUCCCUUCAAGCAAUGUGAAUAUGUGGCCAAGUAUAACAGCCAACGCUGCACCAACCCCAUCCCCAAAUCAGAGGAUCGUAGGUACUGCAACAGCCACUUGCAGGUACUUGGCUUUAUCCCGAAAAAAGAGAGGAAGAAAAAGAAUGAUCCUAUAGAUGAGGUAAAGGGCAGGCACCAGAUGGAUACCAUGGCCUUUAGCCUGGCGGUGCCCACGUUGGCCUUGAAGAUGCCCAACGGACUGGACGGCAUGUCCCUCUCUCCACCGGGGGCAAGGGUCCCUCUCCACUACCUGGAAACCGAGUUGGAAGACCCGUUCGCUUUCAACGAGGAAGAUGAUGACCUAAAGAAAGGGGCAACUGUGAGAAAGAAGUUGCAGAGCAAGUUGGCCCAGAAUCGUCAGCGCCAGAGAGAGACAGAGAUUUUAAAAGUUCGGCAAGAGCACUUUAGUCCCCCUCCUGCACCUUCCCAGCAGCAGCCUCCGCAGCAGCACUCCAGCCUGUCACCUUUACCCGCGCCUGUCAAACCUCCAGCGCCACCGCAGGGCUUAGUCUGCAAGUCACCUCAGCCUCCGAACACCAGCCUACCACUGCAGGGAGUGGCCCCCACCACACACACUAUAGCACAAGCGAGGCAGUGGUCUCACAAGAGGCCUCUGCCCCUCCUGCCAUCCAGUAGGGCUCCUGUCGUGGACCCGCCCAGGACUGACCGGGUCCUUAUGAAAGCCACAGCCUUCUCUCCACACUUCUCUUGUAUAAGUCGACUGCAGAGACUGGUGAAACUGUGCACUCAGAAGCAUCAGUUGGACACUGAUCUGUUUCCCCAUUUGGGGUUGGACUGGUCUGAAGAGAGUGGAGAGGAACUGGAGGACUCGGAGCAGGCCUCGCCAUACCAGGUUGCAUGGUCCAUCCGAGAAACCCUCAGAUAUGAAAGACACACGUCAGAUGACGAUGACACGGAGAGUAGGAGCUCCAGGGUGACCCAACUUUGCACUUACUUUCAGCAGAAAUAUAAGCACCUCUGCCGCCUGGAGCGGGCAGAAUCCCGUCAAAAGAAAUGCCGGCACACGUUUAGGAAAGCCUUGCUGCAGGCGGCCAGUCGAGAACCAGAGUGCGCUGGCCAGUUAAUCCAAGAACUGCAGAGAGCUGCGUGCCACCGAACCAGCAUAAGCCGGACCAAGUUGAGGGAGGUGGAACCAGCAGCAUGCAGUGGCAUGGUGAAGGGUGAACAGUGCACUAACAAGGCCCUUCCAUUCACCAGACAUUGUUUCCAACACAUCCUCUUGAACCGCUCUCAGCAGCUCUUCUCAAGCUGCACGGCCAAGUUUGCAGAUGGACAGCAGUGCUCUGUGCCUGUCUUUGACAUCACACACCAGACACCCCUGUGUGAAGAACAUGCCAAAAAAAUGGAUAAUUUCUUGAGAGGAGAUAGCUCCCGGAAAGUUCAGCACCAGCAGCAGAGGAAACCCAGGAAAAAAACCAAGCCUCCUGCACUUACCAAAAAACACAAGAAGAAGCGAAGGCGUGGACCUCGUCGACCCCAAAAGCCCAUUCCCCCUGCAGUACCCCAAGGGAACCUCAGCAUGCCCACCAGCGUCUCACUGCCAGUGGAGGCCUCUCAGAUCCGGAGCCCGUCCACGCCAGAGCUGAGUGCUGAUGAGUUGCCGGAUGACAUUGCCAAUGAGAUCACUGACAUUCCACACGACUUGGAAUUGAACCAGGAGGACUUCUCGGACGUCCUGCCACGGCUGCCUGAUGACUUACAGGAUUUUGAUUUUUUUGAAGGAAAGAAUGGAGACCUCCUCCCAACGACCGAAGAGGCCGAGGAGCUUGAACGGGCCUUGCAGGCUGUAACUUCUCUCGAGUGCCUGAGUACCAUUGGGGUGCUCACCCAGUCAGACGGUGUGCCAGGCCAGGAGUUGUCGGAUAGAGGAAUAGGGGUGUUCGCCGCAGGUACUGGAGCGCCAGGAAUUCAGUCCUUGAGCCGAGAAGUGAACACGGACCUGGGGGAGCUGUUGAAUGGGCGCAUAGUCCAUGAUAAUUUUUCUAGUCUAGAGCUGGAUGAGAACCUGCUCCGCUCUGCUACCUUGUCUAACCCACCUACACCCCUGGCAGGGCAGAUCCAGGGGCAGUUCUCUGCCCCAGCCAGCGUUGGCCUUACUUCUGCCACUCUGAUCAGCCAGAGUGCACUUGGGGAGAGAGCCUUCCCAGGACAGUUUCAUGGACUUCACGAUGGCAGCCAUGCCUCCCAGAGGCCACACCCUGCCCAGCUGCUGAGCAAGGCAGAUGACCUAAUCACCUCACGACAGCAAUACAGCAGUGAUCAUUCACACUCCUCGCCCCACGGAAGCCAUUAUGACAGUGAGCACGUGCCGUCUCCCUACAGUGACCAUAUCACCUCUCCCCACACAACAUCUUUCUCUGGUGAUAAUAUGGCAGCUACCUUUUCAGCAGAGAUGCCCAUCAUGGCACAGCACUUGCUCCCAACCCAACUUGAGGUGCCACUUGGAGGAGUCGUGAACCCCAGAACUCACUGGGGCAAUCUCCCUGUCAACCUUGGGGAUCACUCUCCAUUUAGCAACCUUCUCGACGCAGAUGGACAUCUUCUUUCCACUUCCCUGUCCACGCCACCCACCACUUCGAACUCAGAGACCACACAGCCUGCCUUCGCCACCGCGACCCCCAGCAGCUCCAGCGUGCUUCCGGGGCUGCCGCAGACCAGCUUCAGUGGCAUGGGGCCCUCCGCUGAGCUAAUGGCCUCCACCUCUCCCAAGCAGCAGCUCCCUCAGUUCAGCGCAGCCUUCGGCCACCAGCUGAGUUCUCACAGUGGCAUUCCCAAGGACCUGCAGCCCAGCCACAGCUCUAUAGCGCCUCCUACAGGCUUCACAGUAACAGGUGCCACAGCUACAAGUACCAAUAAUGCAUCUUCUCCUUUUACCUCCCCUAACUGAGCGUGUCUGUGUGUCUGCAGGCAGGUGGGGAGCCUGGUGUUUUCUAUCUGUGUUUCCUCUUUUAUCACCCCUUCCCCUUUUCCUAAAGAAGAUUUAAAAAAUAACAGAUGGGGGCAGGGGGAACUCCCUUUUCCGGUUAGACAAGUUCCCCUGCGGUGGACCGUGCUGCAGUGUUCACGCGUGCUCCUUCGCACUGGUGCUCAUUCCCUCCUGGCAGGUUCACUCCCCCCGUGGUUCCCUUAGUGGCUCAGCACAGUGACUGGAUAGAAUUGACUCAGCAGCAAGUCCUAGAAGUGGAAGAUACCUCAGAUUACCAGUGCCCUUUACUAUUUCCUAGUAUUCAGAUCAAUGCUUUCCAUUUUAUUACCAGGUCUUUACAUAGGUGGUUCUAGAUAGAAUGGUCCCAUUCGUCAAGUCCCCGUGUGUAAGACAUAGCAAAUGGUGUGUGGAGGCCGAUCAAGACUCUGACGUAACAGCAACUGCUAAAAACCAGUGAGGCCAGGAUUCCAUUCCUAAUCGUGAUCACAUUUAAUUAAAAAGAAAAAGAGUAGUCUUUGGACUGCCUGUGUGUAUGUGUGCGCCCACACGUGUGUUUCUGUGCAGGGCCGGAGCAGCUGUCCUAUUGUUGUUCUCUUUUGUUCCUAAUGAGCAUAUAAGACUCUGACUUCUUCCCCACACCUCACACCCCUACUCAUGUUGGUCAUUCUCUCCCACUGAGUUAACAAAGUUCCCUCAAUAGAGAGGGUGGUGGUCUGGUCACGUGAAUGGCACAACCCUUUCUGCUAAGUUAGCCUGAAACCCAAAGCUGAAUUCCCAUCGGUGCCGUGGGAAGUGGUGAGACGCUCGCCUGAUGCUGCCGGGUUGCUGAGAGCCUGUCUGCUGGUCAUGUCGCCGUGUUGGACAUGCAUUUGUUCCUAGGUCCCUCUGCCCCAACGCAUUCGCGAGAUGUAAUUAAAGGAGAUAUUUCGAUGUGGAAAGCGGGGUAGGUCAGGUAGAUGUGGGAAGAUGGCAUCUGUAAACUUCUUGGUCCGUCUUUUGCUUUUGAAUUUUUCAUGUUUACAGUAGUGAUUCUUUGGUAAGGUUUGUAAAAUGUUGAAGACACUUGUAGAAUCAGUGUACCAGUGGUGAAGUGAUAUGUAAUAUCUGAAGGAUACACAUUUUAAAGUUUCAAAGCAGAUUAUGGAAAUGAGACAUAAAUUUUACCCACUCUUUGGUACUUUUAAAAUAAUUUAAGUGCUUAGGUUUAAGUUUUGGGAAGUUGUCUGCAAGUACCAGGAUUUUACACUUAAAAAUCAUAUUGGGUAGGUUAGUAAAUUGGUGACUAUGAAACGACUAUGUGAGUUUUCUUUUUACCUGCCUUCUCCCCUGCCCUCGCCCCUCCCCCCAAGGGCGGAACUAGGUUUUAAAGGCAUCUGUCCUCUGCUUUUGCUGAGACGUUUUACUGUCCCCUGAGGUACCAUUGGCUAUUUAUACCUGAGUCUAGUCUAAUUUAACAUAUAUAUAUUUUAAAAGAUGAGUAGAGAGAGCAUAUCUAUUAAUGAUGUGAUAUAAUGCUUCAUUUGUCAGGGAAUAUUUGAUCUUAAUUUCUUUUCAAUAGGUAAAGAUUGGGAUGUAUUUUCCUACUUCCAAUAUGUAUUCUCUUUAUGCCAUGCUACUUGUAACCAGUCCCUUCUUUUGAAAGCUUUUCUUUCUCUGCCUUUUAAAGGAAUGAUGGUGAUCAGCAGGCAUUAUGCAGGUGCCAUGUGACUGAGAUUACGGAGGGGAAGUCACAUGACUGUAAGAAAUCAUUAUAUGCCCUAUUUUAUAUUUAUUGAAGUUUCUUUUUAUGGGCCAAAAAUACAUUUGUAAUAUAUUUAGUUUCUUUUUAAAAUCAUGAUAAUUGAUUAGAAGAUUUAUUUUUAAUAGCUUUGCCUUUUUUGCAGAUUGAGAAAUUUCUAAAUUAUAAAUUAUGUCACAAAGCAAAGUUAUAUUCGGUAUCACCAUAAAUUUCUAUUCUGAAUGGUGAGAACAGAUCAUUUGACUAUGUCUCACCUGUGGACCUAUGUGAGUAAACUUUUUUAUGUUAAUGUACUGUAAUGAAAUGAUUAUGAGUAGUUACCUCUACUCAAAAGUGUCAUUUAGUUUGCUGAACUGUUCUCACACCCCAUUACAAUAACUGUCCCUUCCCAGCGACUGGGCUUAGUCUGCAUUGUGUGCUAAUGAAAGGUUGCAGGGAGCAGCUUGUGUUCUUAUCAGCCCUUCUCUGACAGCAAAGGGAAAGUCACGGGGAGUCCAUUGGAACUUUUCUGGCUAUUUGUCCCUCGUGGUAGCUGCUUAAAAUUCUUCAGUUAUCAAAACUGAGUUUGCAGUAAGUUGCACAUUUUAUUGUUUGCAAUUUUCUGUUUUAUGUGCAUUUAAAAGCCCUUUUCUGCUUCCUGGAAGGAGGCAGGAAAUGAUCAGGAAUGUUGCCAGUUACAGCUUCACACCAAAAACUUGGAGAAAAUUCAUUUUUGUUUAGAUGCCCACGGUGAUAGCUGAAGAAAGGACAUGUAGAAAGUACCCAGUGCAGGCGUGAGGACUUAGUCAAAAACAAACAGAUUUUUCCUCUCAUUUCAUCUACUUCAAAACAAAUACCGGAGCUUGUGGUUUGCUUUUCUCUUGCUGUUUCUUGAGUCCCCUUUUGGAAGAGAGAAGAACAUCUGUGAACCCAGAGAUAUCCGUUAUGUUUUUCUGGUAGCUAAUGGAGCAAUUCUAGUCUAUUAGUAGUAGGCUUGCUAUUAAUAUGUAAAGAAAGGAAUGAAGUGUCUUUUACUCCAGAAAUAUGAAAAUUAGUGUCUUUUGAAGUAGCACUUAUGCUAUAUAUAAUAAGGCAAUACUGGAAUCAAAAACAAAUUUUAUUUAAGGUCCUAAUUAGGUGGAAGCUAGCUUUUAUUCUGGUGUUAAACUCGAGAAGGAGUGGCAAAGAAGGUUCAGUUCACUCUGUUUCUGCAGUUCUUCGGGACCAUUUAUAAAGGCCAGUUAGAUUGUGUUAAUGUGAUUUUAUUUACAAAGUUGCUGCAGUUAAUAGAUACAUUCUGUGUUCUGAAAACCAGGAUUCCAUUCUAAUGUAUGAUACUCAUUGGCUGUGAUCUAGUGUCCGAAGAAAAGAUGUGUUUUCUCUCCUUUACUCUCUCUACAUAAUUGUUAAUAUUAUUUUAAUUAAAGUGCUUAAGACAUUGAUUUUUCUCUCUAUUAAAAAUACUUAGCAAUUUGCACAGCUGGGUAGGUUAUAUAUCUAGUAAACAAUUCAUAAUAGUUAAUAGCAAUUACACUUGACCCACCAAGUGACGGACUAUGCAAUGAAAAAAUUUUCUAAUUCUCGUCACAUAGCUUAUACUGUGGAGGGUUAUUUUCUCUGAUAACCUGCCAUGUGAGAGAUGACUCUUUGCAAAUGACUUCCUGAGCAGUGUCAUGCUGGUGGGCAGUGUGGUGAGUCCGGUGUCCCUCCACGAGAAGACUGUAAUUUAAUGAGAAGCAAAUAGUAAGUAUGGAAGUAAAGUUGGAAUUCCGCCCUUCAAAUUGUAGUUGCAUCUUGAGUGGCUUUAGGCUAAAGAAAGCUAAUACUUUAUCUUUGCCACAUAAGUAUUCAAGAAUCAUUUCUUAAAUAAGCCCAAUCUCUCAACUGCAAGUUAGAAAUCCCAUUUUUCUGUGACUAACACUAAAGUAAUUUCUUAGUGUUCUCAAUCCGUGAUCACAGCCCAGAGAAGCAAAGAUAGUUCUUCGAUUUGGAAAGAAAGGUUAUCUAUGAUACACACAAAUACCCUAUCGGUACAGUUCUCUUCUUAUGUGAAAGAAUUUAUAUUUCUGUUGACCUGUUCCUUUCAGUUUUCACCAAUUGGCACUAGAGCUUGAGCAUGCGCAGGGGGUCCCAUGCGGUCAGUUCGCCCACUUGCCUGCAGUCCCUCCUGUGCAGUGCAUUGUGGGUGGUGAUUGUUGAUAGCUUCAUCAGCAACGUCCUUGUGAGGCAUCACCCUUACUCCAGGCUAGUUCAAAAGGUUGUGGAUUAGAAUUGUAAAAAGAUAAUGCUAUUAAUAACACUAAACUAUUUAAUAGGUUUGAAAUUCAUUCAAAAACUUUCAGGUGUCUAGUUUGCAUUUUCUUCAUCCUCUUUCUUUUUAAACUUCUUUUAACAUUCAAUUAAAUUCUGUUUUUAGCCUGGCACAUAUAGAGUAGUUUAAUGUUUAAUGGUCUAAAUGGUCAGCAGAACUCCCUGUUGAGAAUUUCAGAAAGAAAAUGUAAGCCCUCCCAAACCGUCUUCAUUUCUAUCUCUUUCAUCACCAACGCCUAUGUUGUGCCAAGGAUUUUUUCCUGACAAAAAUGUAUGUUUCUUGGGGUGGGGGGUGGGAAUAUAUAUAUGAUAGAACAUAGAUUUUUUUCACUCUCUCAAUACAUUGAAAAUAAUUGAAUCUUCACUGGCAUUCUACAGAAAGGUAAAACAAUUUAAUGAACUUUACAAGUUUCCCCGUAUAUUGGGGAGGGAUCCUGAAUCCACGUUUAGGAGAUUGACAUUUUAAACACUAUCAUUCAAAAGAUUCAUAAUAAAAUACCAGUGAAGAACAUAUUCAUUUUCCCCUGACCAGCGAGUUGGGAAAGAAAACAUAAAAUAUAAAUGAAUGACUACAUUUCUCCUAAUAACCAGUAUCAUUAAUGCUAAGAUUGUGGUCAGAUUUAGAGCCUUAUUUCCAAAUGGCAAAAAUUCUCCUUCCACUCCAGCUCUUACUGUUUGUUAGCUUUCCUCUCUGCACUGGGGCACAGAGCUAAUCAAAGGGAAUGUGGAGUCAGGGCAGGCGAGCCACUUUGGCAUGACUUUCUUUACCUACAUCCCUGAGUCCUGGGAAUGUUCGGCUCCUUUCAAUGGCAGAGUUUUUGGUGACCUGAAGUUUAGUUUUGUAAGAGAAAACCUGUCUAACCCUUAGUGACCUCUGUAGGGCAGCACAGCACAGCCUUCCUUCCUUUCCCUUUCUGCCUGCUUGCUCAGCCCACCCCAGUCCUGCAGUGUACACACACACAUGCGCGCACACACAUGCACACACACGCACACACGCACGCAUACACACACGGUCUGUACUGAUGCUGAUCCUGGCCUAAGAGUAACAGGACCCUCAUCUUUCACUUGUUUUGUUUUUGUUUGUUUAUUUUUUUAAGCUGGGGACCACUGACGUAAGCUCUGUAUGCACCCAAAGUUCCCCUUGGAAAAUUUUUCAACAUGCAGUGCAGAAGGCUCCAGUGCAGCGAAAUGCCACACCAUUGCUUUUAGUUGGGGAUAGACUGAUUGGCCCUGAAGUGACUUCACCUCUUAAGAUCCCAUAGGCUCCAGCAGAUGAGUGUGGAAGUGAUAGGCGUUGUCUUCAUCUGCUUGCAAGGGUUGAAUCAGUUCCUCUCAACAGUGAUAGUUCUUUUUCACUGUACAGUGUUGAGUAUGUCUCAGGGAUUCCUUGUGGAAAUUAGGGCAGAUUUUAAAAUAAGAAAAUAGUUUUCAAAAAACUAAAGGUGACUCAUCAUUGAAGAGAGUGCAAGAAAGAGAAAACAUUUGGUUUCAUAGCCCACAGUGUCUUGCAUAGGACUUUUCCUUUCUCCUUCAGCCUCUCAUCUCAGCUUCAGCAUACAGAAUCUUUUCCCAUCAUGCACAGCUUUAAAACUUUUAUUUAAAAAUCUCCUUCCCCGAUGAGCUUUCAGAAUACUUAUUGUAGAUUUUAAGAGAAAAGGUAUAUUAAUUUAUGCUAUUAACAUCACCUCAUAAAUUAUAAGUUUUAUACUAAAGCUGUAUUGAGUGUAAUGAGUUAUGUUGCCUAUGUGUUUAAUAGCUAAAAAAUUAUAUAAGAGCUUUUUUUUUUUUUUUUUUUUUUUUAUAUAAAACAAACUAGUGAAGCACCUUUUUACACUGGAUCUCCGCUGUGUCAAGGUGUAUAGCUGUCCUUUGCUACCUUGCAGAUAUAUAAAAUAAAAGGAUAUCCUGGGGCCUCAAAAUGUAGAACACCUUUAGACCAUUAAUUACGCUCAUAGAACUGUUGAGAAUCAUGUUUCUUCAGUCAGUGAUCUGUGGUUUACACUUAAGAUGGCUAGAAGCUUAGUAACAGGGUAAAUAGAAAUACAUAGAUCAAGUAAAAUUCCCAACUACUGUAGCUGGAAUUUGUAAACAAAGUUUUUAAGACCUCCUUUAUUUCCUAUGGAUUUAUUCUUUAAUUUACAGUUGAUUUUGUAAGUUGGGAAAUAAAAUAGAGAAAAUAAAUCUAGAUGUUCUCAGUGUCUUAUUCAGGAACCUUUUUAUCCCUCCUCACUAAGGAAUUCCCACUGUGACUUUAAAAUAGAAUUAAAUUACUUGUGUGCAUGUAUAUGUCUGUUUUUACACACAUGCAAAAAUAUCCAUUGGGGGCACGUGUGAGAGAGAUGAGUGUGAGCUUCAGUAAAAAUAGAGAAAGGUAGCAAUGUAUUAUAGAAAUAUGAUUCAUUUAGUUGAGGGUAUUGGAAUUGCUUUCUCAGUGUCUCUGUUGUAUAAAUACACCAAAUUGUUCAUCAUGUUAUGUUAAAAGGCUAACUCUGAUAUCAUGUGCAUUUUAUUCUAAUGUUUUAACUUAUAUUAUGCUAUGUUUUUAAAGUGACAUGAGAAACAGCAGGUUCUAAGACCAGCCUCUGGCUUCUGAGCAUAAAGAUAGGAGAGAGACGACAGGGCUGUGUUUAUCUGUUGGGGUGCUGGGACCAGAGAUCAAUUGAGCCGCCUUCUUCUUCUUUUUUAUUUUAUUUUAUUUAUUAUUAUUAUUUUUUUUUACGAUUUCUUUAUAUACUGAGUUAGAAAAUAUUGUUGAUCAUCUUUUCUUGGUGAAGUUAAGAAAAUUAUAGGCCUUUGAUAAAAAAAAAAAUGCCAAUUUUUCAAGGGGCUGCUUUGUUUAAUGAAUUGGUGGGAUCAUUUCACCGUGUAUAUUUCAAAACAGAUGAUUUCAGUUAUUUUCAAAAAUGAAGAAAAAAAUUACUUACUUGUGCUAUUAUUUAUGAAGUUAGCCUGCCCUCCUCCACCUAUAUUUUGGCUAUAGGGGAAAUAUGCUACCCUUGACUUGAUCCAUAUGGAAUUAAACAUUCCUAUAUUUUGAGGUUUGCCAUUUUGCUGUUAUACAUUCAUUACUGGAUUAUCUGGUGGUCUAAAGUAGUCAAAACUAGAGUUGUUAUUAAAUGCUCCAGCCACAUUUAUUUUUAAUAUUAAAAAAUCAUGUACUUUGAAAUAUGUCAAAACAGCUUCUGAAAGUACACCUGAAUUUGUAGUUCUGUUUGAAGCCUUGUUCUUCUUAUAUAUAGUCAAGACCGAAAGCUUUAUAUGUUCUUUUUACAGUGGUAUUUUUGCAGCAUCUCCCAGUUCCAUUCACUCUUGCUUUAUAGAUUUAAAGAAACCUGCAUAUUUCUUGUACAUAUGCAUGCAACUGAAAGAAGGGAGUUUGUAUUGGUGCCAUUUCUCCCUUCAGUUACUGAUUAAUGGGAUUCCCUAGAGUAAAGUCCCCCUAAUUGAAGGGUGAAAAUCGACCCUUUGUGUAUAUCUGUAUAGAGAUGUGUAUAUGGAAUGUGGCGGCACUUUGCUGAAUGUGAACUUGCCUUGUCAAUGGAAAGAUUGAGAAGUAUUAUGUUUAUUUAUACAUUUGUAUAAAUCUAUAUAUACACGUAUGUAUAUGUGUGUGUAUAGAUAAAGCUAUAUACAUAUGUUUCCCUAAAAAUGUGUGUGUAUAAUAGAGAAACAGCCUUUGUUAAGCAAGAUUAUACAUCUAUGGAAAAUUCUGGAUUCUGCUAUAAGCGGGAGGAGGUGACAGUCGAGUCCAUCAUCAGAGCAGACUAAGACGGAGGAAGUCCUUUGGAUUAUAGUCUCGUUUAUGGUGAUUAUAACUGAACUUCUUUUAGAGCCGUUCUUACCAGUUCCGCUGUUCUUCAUCUUCUAAGUCCAUCUUUCAACAUUUACAACACUUCAUUGUGCUUUUCCUCCUUUAUUGUGUCCUUUCAGAAGCAUUGUCUUAAGUGUAUUACAUUAACAUCUUGGUUGUUUCUUUUAAAGAUUUUUAUCUCUGAAAUUUCCCAGAGGGUACAAGUUUUGGGAAUAUUUUCUAUAGUAAUUUUGAGAACCAGGUGUUCAUCUUUGUUUCAGAAACACACAGACAAAAAUCAGCAUUCAAACAAAACUGAAAAAUUUUACCUAGAUAAUUUUGGAACAUUUUACUUAAAUUGAAAAAAGAAUUUGAUUUUAUGAUUGAUAUUAGUGCUAGGUUCAUUUCCUCCUUUAUUGUCAUUUAACAUUUAAUUUGACUUUGAUAAAAAAUUUACCAUUUUAAUUUUAAUGGAAAGCGCACAGACUCACAUGUUAGCCUCUUGAAUUCUAUAACCAACUCAUUUUACUCAUGAUGAAACUGUUUUAAUGAAUUCUUGUGGAAUGCAUUCUGCUAUAUUUCCUUUUGACUUGUCUCACAUCGGUGGCAUUGUUUUAACUUUGCUGCAGCUCUCUAGAAAACUUGCAUCCCUAUAUAUUGUGCCUUUCAAGCUCUUAUGCACACACAGACAAAAGUAUAUUUAUACAUGUUGGAGCAUGUGUACAUAUACUUUCCUAUAUACUCACACAGUAUGUCUUUAGUGUAUAUUGUGGGAGUGGAUAUAUAGAUAUUCCAAGGCAAUGAAAUGUUGCUCUCUAGAUAUAUAUGUAUAUAAAUAGUGUUGAUAUACUGUAUAUACACAUGUAUAUGUAUGAGUUUUAAAUGGCAAUCUUUUACAUUUAGCAAAAUGCUGCCCCUACUGGAAUAUUGUCACUGCAAUGGCAGUUGUAUGUAAUGAUUUAAAAUACAUUAUCAAAAAUUAUUUAAAGAACAUUUAAAAUUCUCAUCUAAAGAUAUCCACACAUUAUUUAUUUAUCUUCCUUUUCCUUUUUUUAUUUUAUUUUUUUAAUCAAAAGGGAGGCUGUCAUUUUUAAAAUGCCAUCUGUCUCACAGGAGGAGAGCUGGAAAUUCACUUGAGGGACCGUGUGUGUUUUUCCGCUCUCUGAUGUACCACAAACCAGCCUGUUUAUUUCAGUUAUAAAGCAGUCCUAAUAUUUCCAUUAGUGUAUGUCAUCCACCAUCUCCUAGAUCAACUUAAUUCACCAAUUUGCCUCUUCCUUUCAUUAAUAAAUAAUGAUCGUCCAGAUCAUUUUGCCUGGGGGAAGUUAACUACUCUUGCUGCAGGGAACUAUAUCACCUAAUUGUUAUUCUGCCUUGUUCAAAAGUCAACUCUGAGGGAAGGCGGCACUCUCAUGAAGCUGUCUUAAGCAUGUUUUGCAUUUAUUUAGUUAAAGGUCUUCCCUUUACCCCCUCCCCCCCCCCCCAAAAAAAAGAACUCCCAAGUCUGCAUGCACUUGACAUAGGUUUAAUUCUUAUUCCCCACAGCUUCAAGUAUUUUUCAUUAGCAUAUCAGUUUGACACACCUAAUGAAAUGGUAUUAAGAAGAACUGUUAAAUAUUUUAUUUUGUGAUGAGUUGGCAGCUGAUUAGGUUUUAAGGUGUUACAGAGAGGAAUGUAGGCGGACAAUCUAAAUGUAAGAUGUUACGAAAAACAGUGGAGUAAGAGUACCCCUGAGAACUAAAAUAGAGAGGUUGGGGGCGAGUGACUUCAGAGCAGCUUAGCUGGAACUUGAUAUCAGAAACAGCCUUUAACAAAAAGCCUCUUGGCGAUUGCAUGGUACUAACUAGAGUACUGAAAGUGUAAGCUGAAACCAAGUUGCAGUGGGAAAUCAAAGGUGAGGUGGCUUGUUUGAAACCAAUAAAUGACAAGUUGCACAGUUUUAAAAUCUCUUAAUGUAACUGCACGGUAGCAAGGACUAGCGAUCCUCGAAGCCUAUGUUUUUCAGUGUUCUCAGUCACCUUGGCACACAAGUAUGUUUAAUAGUCCAUACAUUAAAAAUAUUUACAAAAAGGAAAGUUGCUUAAAGGGAACUUACAAACUGAGAAUCUUCUCUGCAUUUGUGAUAAUAGUGGCUGGAAGCUUAGUUAUAUGCACAAAAGCUAGGAGCCACCGGGUUCUGCACAGACUGUAGAGCGAGAUGAGGAGAUUGGCAGGUUUGGUGCGAGCCCCCCAGUUCUGAAGGAAAGGCAUUGGGUGUGAUGUUACUGGGGGAGACCACACUUUGGGAGGGAAUGGGCUUUUGGUUUGUAAUUUCCCUUUAAACAAGAAGAGAUGGUUCACAUUUUCCAUAUAUCUCUCAAUGAAUGUACUGUAUUACUGUUUUAAAAAUUUGAUGAAAUAAUAAUGGAUUGGUCUCCUUUUGUUAUCUGGUCCUUGUUUAAUUUGUUUAAGGGUUUUUGUAUACAAAAGUUUACAUUUUUAUGUAUAUUUUUCUUGUGUAAAAACUGAUGUAAUAUGUGUAUAAAACAUUGUAUGUAUUAUCUGUAUAUAGUGUGACAAAAUGAUUUUUCUUUCUUUCUUUUGGAUGUAUUAAUAAAUCUUGCUGUGAAGUA